AUGGAUUCUGUUGUGAGUGCAGCCGUUGUCCAGUCACUCUCAUCACUACCCGCAGAAGAUGCCUGUCGAAGGUUAGAAGCGCUCAACGCAAGUCUAACAACUCGGUCAAAAUUUGAAGAUGUCGACCGCAGCGCUCGCGAGGAAAUUGUCAAACUAGUUGAAAAUCUCUGUGAUCGCUCAUCUCUGGUCGCACCAAUCCUUGAACUUAUUCGGAUACUCGCUCGUGACAAAACUUUACUCGAUGUACUAUUAGUGGAGUCGGUUCGUCUUUUUAUUUUGCGAUCAAGCGGGCUUACCGAUAUAUCCUCUUCAGUCAUUAGAGAUGUCCUUGAAGCUGAUAAGUGCCUGGUUAACACCCUGUUCAAUUCACCUCAGAUGCGGCAAACAUUCGAGACUCAGGCUCCAGCACUGUUAUUAGAUCGAAUUUCUGCUUUCGCAAUGGCGGACUAUUCUGGUAAAUACGAAUGGUUGAAUGAAAUACCUGAAGAUUCUCGGAAUACUGUUUGGUUGCUUGAUUUGCGCAUUGCUUUUUUGGUUUCGGCACAUUCAUCUGAAAUCCAAUCGAAGUGGGGUACGGCCCCUCUAGCGCUCACUACGUUUCUUGAUAUCAUUCGCCAGUAUACUUCCGCUGCUGCUGAAGUGGAGUGUUUUGAGCCUGAAGAAGCUUCAAGGCGUUUGGGAGAAUAUAUUGAUCGUGCUGCAGAGGCAGCUAAAACUCUUUUCAAUAUUACUUACAAACGGUCCGAUGAUAUUGAUGAGGAAUAUGUGGAUAAAAUCACCGAAGCAGUCGCUGCUCUCAUCAAAGCUAAACCACCAUCGCCUGUGAUGGAGCAACAUGCUGUGAAUCUUUUGGCAACAUUAAAGCUUAAUACAAGUCUGCUGUGCCCCAAGAUGAAAACUACAGACAGUCACACAGAGCAGUACGACCUUUACGACAUGUCCUUUGCUCAAGCUCUUCUUGAUGCAAUGGAGAGAAAGCUUGAUGACAACAACAACUCCGACUCAGAUUUAUUGAGCACAUAUUUUGGCUCGGCGCUGAAAUUGUGCACUGCCUGUAAGGAGGCUCGUCGAUAUUGCAGGCUGAAGAUAUUGCCUCCGCUAGUUGCGGCAGAUGUUGUUCGGCGUCCCGAUGAAGGCGAAACACUCAGAAACAAGGUUAUUCGGGUAAUGAUGAGUCCUGCCUUCUCGAAGGAUCUUGCUUCGGAAUUCAUGUUUGUUCUGUGCAAGCGAUCAGUAAAUCGCCUGAUAAAAUACACUGGCCUUGGACAUUCCGCGGGUUUACUAGCUAAUUCUGGUUUACUCGGCCAAAUCAAUGCUCCAAAAAGUGCUUCUGAUAGUGAAGACUCUGAGACUGAGGACUACAGAGCAGUGGAGAAUAGGAUAAAUCCGGUGACCGGCUGCUUGCGGCCUGAAACAUCAGGACCCUCUCCUUUGGAUGGAAUGAGCGAAGAGCAAAAGGAGUAUGAAGCGAUGAAGCUAGUUAAUGCUAUGAAUAAACUUAUGAAGACAGGUGUAGUAAAGCCCGGAACUAUCGGUGAAGACGGCCGUCCAAGAGAGGUUGGCCAUGUGCUCGAACUUCUUAAAGAUGUCUCCGAUGGAGAACAUCACUCCGAUAGCGAAUAA